UCAAUUACUCGUGCAAGUCUUCUCUCAAAUCUCAAACCAAUUCCAUCUUCCAAACACUCUAUCUGUUAACAAAUGGCUAAAUCAACAGACAACUCAUACAUGGAGGGGGAUGUGAUUCCAGAAUACUGCUCUUACAUGGAUGAGGACGACGCUCCGGAGUUCUUCACAGUAUUAACCAUUGAAGAACAAUCGAAGAUGAUCUUUCCAAGAAGCUUCCAAACACAAUAUUCAGUUAAGCUCGGACCAAUUUGCACACUUGAAGACAAAUCCAACAAAAAAAUUUGGGAAACAAAAGUCAAAACACUUUCAGAUGGAAGAAUAUGCUUGAAACAUGGUUGGGAGCAAUUCCACAAGGAUCACAACUUGAGAGCUGGAGACUUCUUGACUUUCCAUAUGAUUUCACCCAAUCAUUUCUUUGUGAAAAUGUAUGAUGCUACGGGAUGUGCUAAGGAAAUCCAACAACAAUCGGGUUCAUUUGGCCAAGAAACCGACGACGCAUCGUCUUCACAACCUAUUGCUUCACCUUCUUUCAAAUCAGCCAUGACAAUAUCAAACUGAAAAAGUCUUCACAUAUCAAUCCAUUUUUGGAGGACACAUGUGAUAGACAAGAUAUUGAAGUGGCAGUUUUAGAAUUCCAAGAGAAAACAUGGCAAACAAUAUUGAAGAAGGCUGAAGAUAGGGUGAGAAUCUCCACAGGAUGGUCAAGUUUCUACAAAGAAUGCUCUUUGUGUGAUGGAAUGCAAUUGAAGUUUGAGAUGAUAAGCAGCACCCCUACCAUCAAAUUCAAAGUUACUGUGGCCGAGGUAAAUCAUAAUUAAUCCAUAAUUUAUAUUUUAACUCUAUACACCAAUAUUUCUUUGAUUGAUAAAUAAAAAAACAAUCUUGCACGAUAUCUUAUGCAAUGAUGAAAGCUGACUACUUGGAAUGGUUUGAAAAAUACCCUGACUAGGUAAGUUAAUUUGAAAAACUCUAUUUUGUGGAACAAACAAUAUGUAUUUAUUCGACUGUGUUUUUAGUACUCUAUUAGUAGUAGGCAAUAUUUUGCAUAUACUCAUGAAUUAGUAUCUAUUUGGUAGUAUAUUAUAUUGAGACUUUGAUAAUAUAU